CGGCGAUCACGUUGUUAUCUGUCAAACUUCAAAAUCUAACAUGUCACCAUUGGACUGUCACCCGAUGCCCGUACGAUAUUAAAACCGCGGCGGAGGCUUCUGCCAUGCACAAAAUCAAGAUUUACAGAUCUUGAUAUGCGGUGAUAUUCCCCACACCGGUACCAGUUUUGUUUUAAUAAAAUCAGAAAUCCAUUUUGGAAUUGAAAUCUAGCACAAUCACAAGUUUAGGCGUCGUACGGGCUCCCAAAUUAUUCAUUCUCAUCUAAGCUCCUCUGGGCUUCCUCAAAGACCCACAAAUCUUGGUUGUCCACCAAGACAGGUCUUAAUCACUGUACAGCUUUUAUUUUUUACAUACUUUUUUGACUAUGGGCGACGCGGACGAACUCGCCAACAAAAUGGCGGAUCUGACUGUCCUUUCAUUCAGGAAGGUGGAUGACGUGAAACGCUUAGCUAAGCAUUUCCAAAAGAUACUGAACGACCCCGUUACGCAGAAGAACGCGGUCGUUCACAAGUAUCUAAGUGAUCUAAACGAGACGCACAAAAGAGUUUUCCUCCAGAAACGGGAUGCCGUCGAAGUUGAGUAUAUAUUUACGACUGAGAAGAAAAGUGGGCUGCAAAGGCAGCGUUUUAACAGUCUGCCAGUGAGCGAAGUACCUGAGUUGCUGAAGGCUGAGUUAUUGACCGCUGAGAACGCGAAACAAGUGCACAUCUGCACCGAUUGCCAGGUUGAGAUUGAGCUGAAUGACGAGGAACCCUUGAUGGAGUCGCUGCAGAAACAUUUCAAUUUAGAAGUGCACCUGCCCAAGCUGAAACGCGAGAGCGUUGUAGACGUCUCCGAACCGGUGAUCCUCCCCAAUAUGUCCAGGAGGUUAUCUGCGAUGGAAUGUGGCGAAACGCCCGCUCAGACUCUUGAACAGGUCAUGACAUUCGCCAAGCCUUUGGAGAAAUUGGAUCGUACGUUUUUGGCUAAACUGGAAGCGGCUUUGAUCCGCCUCCUUCCAGACAAUUCCGAGGCCAGCAUCAAUGCUGCGAUCAAAUUCCACCAAUCGGCGUACGAUAAACUAUGCCAAGAAGUCGUCGGUAUAGACUUCUCAACCCAAACAAGCUCUGUAGCGCCUAUCAUUAUGAGCAUCAAGGACAAUGUCUACCAAAAUUUCUCAGCGGACUCCAACAAGAACAUAGAGAAUGAUGAUAACGAACAAACCACAGAGAAACCUGUUAAGAGUCAAGUGAAGAAAUACCGUUACUACGGUCCUAUCGAGAAUUUCAUCUUGAAAUUACUCGCCAAUCAUAAAUUACUAUCGCUAGUUGACGACCGCACUGGGAAACUCGCUUUUUUCUGCAUGGCUUGCGAGUAUUACACACUUAGAUUCCGUUACGAUAGUGUGCUCAACCAUGUAUUCAGCGAGUCCCAUAUUCAUAACCUCUCCUGCAUCUUGCAAGCUGAUAAACACAUUCCCUUCUCCAUGGACGAGGCUUCUAUGGAGAAAAUAAAAGAGAUGAACCGUAAAUUCCUUUACGGACACGACGUCACUGAAGACGCGAACGGACUGAGAUGUGGCCUUUGCAAAACGUCAAUUGAGUCCCUCGAAGCUUCCACUAUUCACAUUCUCGAUGAGAAUCACUUAGCUAAACUGUCAGAUAAACUUUAUCGCAGAAUGAGAGCGAACAACCCUGAUGGUUCUGUUCCCGACGAAUGGGGCCCCAAAGAUUUGGACUGGACGAAGUUCUUGGCCAGCGUCGGGAAGCCGCAGAACAGUAGAGACCACGUGAUCAUUGAAAACUUCAUAAAACCGUCCGGAAAGAUCGCCAACUACUGCACAUGUUGCGACAUGACUCUGAAGGGACCAAGACAGGUCCUGUUCAACCAUAUUCGGCAGAAAAAACAUCUGCGCAACGCGGCGCCGCACAAGCUCGUGAUGCUUUACAAAAACCACUGCCGACCAUCGGAAUACUUUGCCAGUUUUGGUAACUAUUACGUCUGCACCAUUUGUCCCGAUUACGUCGCAGUCCCGUCGUUCGCUGCCAUUGUACAGCAUUUCGACAGCUCCAUGCACAUAGAAACUGUGUCGAAACUGAUAAAGUCCGCUCUUUAUUCCGACAAUGUCGACAAGGAAUUGCUUUCUGUGCACAACAUAACGGAAGACGGGACCAAAUGCGAACUUUGCGACGGCACAUUCGGUAACAUGAGCGAUGCUGUCAACCACAUACUAUCAAGCAUUGAGCAUCAAAACAACGCGGUCGACGUGAAACUUAGGGCCAAUAGAGGUGAUAUAAUAAGCGUUUAUAUGCACGGGAAUUACAUUUUGCACAGCGAAGGGCAAACAUUUACGUGUAAAACUUGUGAUGGCGUCUUCAAUUCCAUAAGAUCUCUGCUCGCGCAUUUGGUAUACGCGGAACAUUUCAAAGUUAAGCCAAAUUCUGAGAAUAUUUUCCGUUUUUACUUGGAGUUGAAGCAUAAUAUCGUUAUGUUGGGAAGGAAUAAGUAUGUGUACUAUGAUUUUGGGAAGUUAAAGUGUGGAGUUUGUGAUGGUGAUGUGGCGGAGGGCGAGAACGCGAAGCGCCAUGUUGUGUCGCCGCGACACAGAGAAAAUAUCACUUACUUAUUGACUGAUGUGUCUGCUACGGAGUGAGUGAACGUCGCGCUGCUUCCGACGAAAAGGUGCGAUCAGACACUAGGGUUGCGUUCCACUUGAUCUUGCCUCACUUCAGAAUAAAUAAAAAAGAAAUAAGUCUAAUUUUAUCAAUUUUGUGCACGAUAUUAUACUCUUUUUGAACUGAAGGCGUAAAUAUAAUGUAUAUCAGAGGUGUUAAUAUCAAAAUUGGCUGAAAAUGGGCUGUGUCAUGCAUGAAAUUGACAAUAUUAACGUUUGGAUACCAAUUUAUUUUAAGGAUAACAAAAAUAUUGUGAUUGUUAACAUUUCGGAACAUCCAUAUUUUGAAUUAAACUUUAUGAAAUAUGAAAACGUUUCCGAGACGCGUUGGUGAGACGUAAAUCGAGUCAAGAGUUUAUAUAUAUUACACACAUUAUACUUGAAUACCCACAUUUAUGCUCACAUUCAAAUUUAUUUCUUGCAAGUCACAUGUUGAUGUUAACUUAAUAAAAUCCACUAUUAUUAUCUAAAAUUCAAUUAACAUUGAACACUGCUAAAGAUAAUACUGUGAUAAUUUGGUAAAAAUAAUUUUCAAAAAAUAUACCAUACAAACAAAGUAAAAAAGAAAUUCAUGCGUUUUCCAUCGCUGAACUUUGGUUUUUAUCCAUUUUAAUGUUAUUUAGUUUUUGAUAUUUUAUAAGCAGUAAGUUUUUAUGUUAUUUACAUUUAACGUUACAGGACUGCAGUAUUUUGUAUACAUGAAAAGAUUUAAAAAUACAUAUAUUUAUUAUUAUACACAUUUUAAAAAAUUCUUCCAUUGCAGUUGUCAAAAAAUUAAAAAAAAACUCACUAUCGCAUUUUUUUUUUAAAUUUGAUAUUAUCUUUUUUUACAUCGUAAAAAGCCAAAUGGUACUUUUUUCCCGCUCAUUUUAAUUGUAUCUUUUUAAUGAAUACAAAUCACUGCUGGAUCUAUUAAAAUCAUGAUAAUAAAUUUGUUGUUGAUGAUUUACAUAUAUGUAAUAGUUUAAAAUGUUUUCUUUUUUUAACUUUAGUCGUGAACAACUUUGUGAAUAUAUUAGCGAAAAGAUCUUCCAUUAAUUUAGCGUUUUUUUAAUGUUGUAUAGCAAAAGUUUUCACAAAUCAUGUUCUUGGUUUUAUUUAUAUAUUUUGUACAUUAAAACGAACGCAAAGAGACUUGAUUGUGUAUUCUUAGUUCUGACUAAUUUAUCGAUGAUUGCCCAAGUAUAAUUUAUCAUAGUUGGUUUUUUGAUUAUUUUAAAGUCAAACAAAAUUAUUGCAAGCUGAAAUUUGCAAUCGUAAUGUACUUAGUUCAGCAUAUAUUGUUUUUGUUUUUUUUUUCACUGUAUAUACAGGGUUACUGGUAUCAAACGCAAAACCUCUUAAAUCAACGUCAUAAUUGACAUAGUGCCAGGUUCUUUUGGCUGCAGUAAAUGAGGAAAAGGAAAGCCAUGUGUGGGAUUCAUAUCAGAAAAAACAUUAUGGUGGCUAGCACUUGGGUCUUUAUUGCCGUUGUUCCAGACUACUUGGGUACAUCAAAACAAGCAACUUUUAUUCUACGACAUCGUGAAAUUUUUUUUUCCUAUAUAAAAAAACAAUCUAAUUUGCGAUUCUACACAUGUUAACUGUAUGUAAUAGCCUAGCGACACGUGACAGUACAGUAGCGUUAUGUAUGUUCGUUUUAUAGAAACGACAUUAAAACUAAAAAAAGGAAACUUUUUGUAUUUAUCACGUUUAGACAAAAGUCGUAGAACAAAAGAUGUUAAUGUACCUUAUGCGCCUUUGGAAGGUUAUGCUUUAGAUACCAGUAACCCUGUAUAUAACUUAACACUUAAAAGUACUAACAACUAGCUAGCUAAAUCAACAACAUAUUGUUUGAAAUAAUAAUUACUGUUAAAUCAAAUUGUAAAUAUAUUGUGCAAUAAAAUAAACACGAUUAAUUGUACAGUAUCACGUAAACUUAUGUCUACCUUUUUUCACGAUCCUGGGGGUCUACCGUGAAACAUAAGACACAUUUCACGUUUGCGUCCACGUAUUCUAACUUUUACACACGAUGCGUACACGAAUUGGGUAAAAGAGACAGCAUGUGGUCGAUAGUAACGCGCUACGAGUUUGUAUCGUGGUAGGCCUGUGAUAUUGUAUAUGGGCUAUGUUAAAUUGUUCAGUAUUUCUUUUACUAUAGAGAAUUGUUUUUGAUAGUGCGAAAUAUUUUAUUUACUUAUGUAAAGUGUUUUCUGUUAUUGGCGCGAACAGGUGUUUUAAUAAAUUCUGUGUAAACAUUACUCUAUAUUUGCUAAUUAUUAUUUUUUUCGAUUAACCUCAAUGUUUAUAGAAUGUAAAUUUUAUCAAGUCUGUUUCUAUCAUCACUGUAGAAAUAUAUUUCAUAAAUGGCCGUCAUAUGGUAAUAAAUAAUAUACAGUUAUGGAUCAAUUUUCACUGUGAAUUACCUUUUAAGUUGCCAAGCUUUGCCAUAAUAAUUGUUGUACUACGUUUCUAUUUUUUUUUUAUUUGUAAAAAUAACAUAUAAUUUAUCAUGAUCCGGCCAUAAUUUAUGGUGCGAUCAGGUGGAACGAAUUUUUUUUAUUUCUAGCGCAUUAUUUUUUUUUAUUACAAUUUACAUCUCGUCGAUAGCAAGCUGCGUUUGUCGUUGAACAAUGAAAUAAUAUUAAAGUGAAUCGUUUUUAAAAUUUUAAUAAAUGAAGUAAUUUUUAUUUUA